UUUUCUUUUUUCAACAUAUAAAUACAUUAUUCUAUAUUUUUCUGCUCUUUCCCCUUCAAUCUUCUUCUGGCUGUUCUUGAUUUCUUACAAAUUACUCAGUUAGUCAUCUCGAUAUUAUUUGAUCCUGAUCAGAGGAAGGGAGAUGCUGCAUGCUGACAGGAAGUUGGUCUUUAAUCUCUCCCAUCAUUGAAACUUCAGACUGAAAGGAGUUAUGACAAAGUUUUCUAUGGAGGAGGUGGAGCUGUAUACCAAUUGGGAUGAUGUCUUUUGUCCCAUUUGCUUGGACUUCCCUCACAAUGGCGUUCUCCUCCAGUGCUCAUCUUAUGACAAGGGUUGCAGGCCUUUUUUGUGUGACACGGAUCAUUUGCAUUCCAACUGUCUAGAACGCUUCAAACAAGCACAUCGGGUGAAAGCUGGUUCACCAUCACUUUCGAUAUCCAAUGGGAGAGAAGAUGUGAUAAAAUCGGAGGCCAACAGCUGGUCGGCCUGCCCCUUGUGUAGGGGAGAAGUUACUGGAUGGGUUGUUGUUGAGAAGGCUCGCGUACAUCUCGAUGUCAAGGAACGCUGUUGUGAAGAGGAUAAAUGUAGAUUUAAAGGUACCUAUGUGGAACUUCAGAAACAUGCUAAACUUGACCACCCUCAUGCACGCCCUUCAAAAAUAGAUCCUGCUCGACAGAUUGAUUGGGAUAACUUUCAGCAGUCCUCUGAAAUAAUAGACGUCUUGAGUACUAUACAUGCAGAAGUUCCCCGAGGUGUUGUUUUAGGUGAUUAUGUGAUUGAAUAUGGACAUGAUAAUUCUGAUGAUGAAUUUGAGAAUUUCCCUUCAGCGGAAGGAAACUGGUGGAGAUCAUGUAUCUUGUAUCAAGUAUUUAAUAACUUUAGGACGUCUAGAAACAGAAGAAGAUCUAGAGUUAGUAAUGCAAGAAGAGGAAACCGCCAUUUGGGUUAUGAUGCUUCAAACUCUGAUGAGAGUUCUGUGACAUCUGUAGAAUAUGUGGACUAUGGGGUUGAGGAGCUUGAGGAUGGUUUUGUAAGGAUUGCUGGCCUCCCAAGGAGAAGAGCUGAUAGUCGCAGUUCUCGAAGACGACAUUCCCGCUUCUAUGACAAUUAGGAAUAAUAAGGAUCAACUGGAAAGACUGGAGCGUAUCUUUCGUUCACCUGAAAACUAGCAAUUACUUAUCAAGUUCUUGUGUUCAUGGUGGACUAGCGCCCACGAUAUGAGAAGGGAAAGGUUAAAAUCUCUUCGUUUAGUUGUGGUGCAAACGAUUGUAAGUGUGAUGCUUGCCCGUGAUAAAGUGAAGGCUUCAUAGAUAGUCUUUAGACAAUUUAACUUUUGUAAACAUAACGUUUCGAAUGGAUUUUAUUGUUAUCUUUUGUAGACUGCAACUGCUUUAGAUCCUUCAGAAAUUUCCAAAAAGGAGUAAAUAUUAACUUCCUAUUUUGUUCAUA